AUGACGUUAGAUACGUCAGAGAACCUAAUGCCUGUUACUUACAUGACAAUGGCCUCGGCGGACCCGGUCGUCUCCUACGGACUCGUGUGGUGGGCGUACCGACUCCUCCCUGGCUCUUGGGCGCGGGGCCUCCUUCAGCGCCUGCACCAGCGGAUGUCCCUGCAGUAUUCGUCGCUCCCGGGCCCCACGACGUCGCUCCUCCUCGGCGGUUACACCGUGAAGCAUAUCUACAACGUGUCUCCUCCCCGUGACCCAACGCCUGUGAGUGUGACCGUGCUGACCUACGCUGACCAAGUUCACGUGUCCGUCGCCGCCCGGAGGUCACUGCCCUCCGCCCUCGCCAUCACCAAGGGCAUCCUCGCCGAGUUCGAGAAUCAG